AACACAUUUUAUACUCGGUAUAAAUUCCUCAUUCCCUUGACAUCGUUCUUUUCAUUGCAGCUAGCAUUUAGUUUCAUUCAUCCACAGCCUCACUUAGCUCUCCAUCUCUUUCAGUGAUCACUAUUCCGAAAUGAGUACUUUUGAGGAACCGGAGAAGAAAGUGGUAUCAGUUGGACCAUGGGGAGGCCAAACUGGGCUCAUGUGGGAUGACGGAGUUUACUCAACGGUAAGGCAAUUAGUGAUAGCUCAUGGCUCUGGGAUUGACUCCAUCCAGAUUGAGUAUGAUAGCAAAGGGUGCUCAUUUUGGUCAGACAAGCAUGGUGGAAAUGGAGGCUGGAAAACAGACAAGGUGAAGCUUGAUUAUCCAGAGGAAUUUUUGACUUCAAUUCAUGGGUAUUAUGGCAAGAUAAGUGAAUGGGGGACAGUCUCAGUCCGAUCGCUUACUUUCAAGAGCAACAAAAGAUCUUAUGGACCUUUUGGAAUUGAACAAGGAAACUAUUUUUCACUUCCAGUGACAACUGGUAACAAAAUUGUUGGGUUUCAUGGGAGGUCUGGCUGGUAUCUUGAUGCAAUAGGAGCUUACCUCAAGCCGAUUCAGAAUGAUCAAAACCACUACAACGUAGUUAUGGCUCACACACAGUACAGUUAUAUGACUGGUGGCGCUGACAUCCCUGCUGGCUACUCACUACUCCAAAACUGUGAUGUGUUUCUCGCUAUAAGACCCGAGGAUGAUCCCAUUACUACAAACCCUGCAGCUUCAAUGCCCAACAAGCUCUUUAGGCAGUUUUCUAAUUCUUCAGUGCCCACGGCCGACGUCGGCCCAUCAUCAAGCCCACAGCUAGCGCUGUUAGAUCUUCAAACGCAUAGCUUGGUUUCAGUCCUGGAACAUGUCCUUCAUUGUUCAUACCUAUUACAUUGAUUAUGUCUCUGUUCAUACAUUUAUAUAUGAACUGGAAAAAGUGAAAACCCAUAUAGCAGUACUUAUUUUUCAAGCUGUGAGGUAGGUUCCAGUUUGGCCACCAAUUAUGGAAGCAGUGUCCUGAAAAGGCAGGGCCAACUCAUUUGCAAUGUCAUGCGAAUAGGCAACAAGCUAGUGAUUAUAUAUUUCAGG